AUGGCACCACCAUUUCACAACAUUCUUGACGUCCUCGUCCGGGCAGCCCAGAACAGCCCGGAUAAGGGACUUCUCAUCUAUCCUUCUGGGCAGUCGAAAGCCACCAAACCACAACAACUCACAUACGCCAGUCUCCUCCAAGAAGCCGCCGCCCUAUCACAAGUGGUCGCAAACAUCCCCAGCGUGACACCCGAGAGCAUCAUCUUGAUCCAUCUCGACUCGCACCUGCACAAUGUGCUCUGGCUGUGGGCGACCAUCGCAGCGGGCCUUGUGCCGGCCAUCUCGACCCCGUUCACCAACGACCUAGAGCAGCGCAAGAAGCAUCUGCUGCACCUCAACGGCGUGCUCCAGGAGCCCAUCGUGAUCACCCGCCAAGGCUUGGUGUCCGACUUCGCCGUGGCUGAGGGCGCGAUGAAGAUUCACACGAUCGAGGAGCUAGGCAAGCAGAAGCAGCCCCUGACAGAGCCCGUUCAGCCGAGCUCCGACUGCCCACGCGGGUUUUCCAAGGCCGGCGAGGACCUCUUCGCCCUCAUGCUCACGUCGGGCAGCACAGGACACGCCAAGGCAGUCUCCCUGCGCCACGGGCAAGUCGUCGAAGCGCUGCUAGGCAAGGCCAGCUUCCACGAGACCACCAGCCGGGAUGUAUUCCUCAACUGGAUCGGCAUGGACCACGUCGCCAACCUGACCGAGAUCCACCUCCACGCCAUGAGCCUCGGGGCCGACCAAGUGCACGUCCACGCCGUCGACCUCCUGGCCCAACCCAUGACCUUCCUGCGCCUGAUCGACCGCCACCGGGCCAGCUACACCUUCGCGCCCAACUUCUUCCUCGCUAGCGUGCGCAAGGCCCUCGAGGCGUUCGCGCCGUCUGUAAGCGAGCCGCUGCCGGACCUCCGCUCGCUGCGUGCCCUCAUCUCGGGUGGUGAAGCCAACCCGACUGCGCUGGCGACCGCCUUCUCCGACCUGCUAGCCCCGCUCGGGGCUCAGCGGCACUUCCUCCGGCCUGGCUUCGGCAUGACUGAGACCUGCGCCGGCAGCAUCUACGGCAAGCAGUGCCCGACCUUUGACAUUGCCCACGCGCGCGAGUUCACCUCGCUCGGCCAGUGCAUCCCCUGCAUGGACAUGCGGGUGUCACGCGCCGGCGUGGGCGUUGUGCAGACCGCUGGUGAGGUUGGCAUCCUCGAGGUGAAGGGCCCCAAUGUGUUCAAGGGGUACUACAACAACCCCGAGGCCACGGCGUCAUCGUUUUCCGAGGACGGCUGGUUCAUCACGGGCGACCUGGCGUUUCUCGACGACGGCGGCAACCUGCACCUGGUCGGGCGCGAAAAGGAAACCAUCAUCAUCAACGGCGUCAAGUACUUCCCUCACGAGAUCGAGGGCGCCCUCGAAGACGCCAACAUCCCCGGUGUAACCCCUUCCUUCACCGCCGUCUUUCCCCACCGGCCCAAGGGCGCCGACUCGGAAACCCUCUGCGUCGUCUACCUGCCCAGCUACAACGCCCAAGACGAUGCCGACGCCCGCCUAGCCGCCCGCAACGCCAUCCGCGACGUCGUCAUGAAGCACUGCAUGACCCGCCCGUACAAAAUCAUCCCCCUCGAGCGCGUCUUCCUCCCCAAGACCGCCCUAGGCAAACUCUCCCGCAGCAAGCUCCGCGCAGCCUUCGAAGCCGGCAUCUACGCCGACGCCAUCCAACUUGACGAGCAACUCCUCGCCACAGCCCAGGGCCCCCUGAUCAACCCAGUCACUACCCCGGAUGAAAUCCUCCUCCAGCAGAUCUUCGCCGACGUCUUCAACGUCCCCGCCGAGGAAAUCGGCACCGACACCAACAUCUACAACCUCGGCUGCACCUCCGUCGAGAUCUUCCGUCUCAAAUGGGCUCUGCAAACCCACCCCUCGGGCAUCUUCCCUCCCUCCAUCCCCGUCACCACCCUCCUCACCAACCCCACCAUCACCUCCCUCCUCACCACCCUCAUCAAACCCUCUUCCCCCUCUCCUUCCAUCGCCUCCUACAACCCAGUCGUAACCCUCCGCACCUCCACCUCCUCCAAUCCCCCCCUCUGGCUCAUCCACCCAGGCAUCGGCGAAAUCCUCAUCUUCCUGCACCUCGCACAGCACUUGCCCGACCGGCCCAUCUAUGCUCUCCGCGCACGUGGGUUCGACGGCGAACCGCUGUUUGGCAGUAUCCCUGAGAUGGCGGAGACGUAUCUGGCGGCGGUAAGGCGGGUGCAGCCGACGGGACCGUAUGCGUUGUUGGGGUAUUCGUUUGGGGGGACGGUGGCGUACGAGAUGGGGAAGUUGUUGAGCAAUGGGACACAGCAAGGGGAGCUGGGGUUCUUGGGGGUGUUGGACCAGCCGCCGCAUAUUAAGGAACGGAUGCGGCAUGGUGGGUGGGGGGAUGUGUUGUUGACGCUGGCGCGGUUUUUUGAUUUGCUGCCUGAUCAGGAGCGGGAGGCCGCGUUUGUGGAUGCGGUGGAAAAGUUCGGGCAGGGGGAUGAGGCGAGUGAGGAGCUGGUGGAGAUGUUGUUGGGGUUGAUGGAGAUGGAGAAGUUGGACGAGUUUGGGUUGGAUCGGGAUCGGUUGGCGCGCUGGACGAGUUUGGCGCUGAACUCGCAUGUUAUCGGGCGGGAUUAUGAGCCGGAUGGCCAGCCCGGGAGGGUGCCGUUCUUGGAGGUGUUUUAUGGUGAUCCUAUUACGGCGGUGGCGAAGGAUAAGAAGGAGUGGCGUGAGGUUAAGUUGUCGCGGUGGGAGGGGCUGAUUGAUGAUGUGCAGUUCCAUGAGGUGCGAGGUCAUCAUUACACGCUGCUGGCGCCGGAGAAUGUGGCGUCGUUUGCGAAGACCUUGACGGCUCGGCUCAAGGCUCGGGGGGUCUAA